UGGUACUAAAAUUCCCCCUGUAUUUAUUUAUAUAUAUACCUCAUAAGCAUAGACAUAGCAAACAGGUUCAGUUCAGAGAAGAUAGCCAUGGAUUCACCUUCUUCCUUGCAUAUAGCAAUGUUUCCGUGGUUUGCAAUGGGCCACCUAAUCCCAUAUCUUCACCUUUCAAACAAAUUAGCCAAAAGGGGUCACAAAAUCUCAUUCUUCACUCCCAAAAAAACACAAACAAAGUUAGAACAAUUUAAUCUCUACCCAAAUCUCAUCACUUUUUACCCUCUCAAUGUUCCACAUGUUGAUGGCCUUCCCUUUGGUGCUGAAACCACUUCAGAUGUUGCUAUCUCUUUAGGUCCAAUACUCAUGACAGCUAUGGACCAAACACAGAACCAAAUUGAACUUCUCCUUACUCAACUAAAGCCACAAAUUAUUUUCUUUGAUUUCGUAUUUUGGCUACCAAAAAUAACUCAACGUUUAGGAAUAAAAUCUUUUCUAUACUUUAUUAUUAAUCCAGCAACAAUUUCCUAUACCACAUCCCCACCAAGGAUGUUUGAAGCUGAAAACUUGACUGAAGUUGACCUUAUGAAACCUCCUAAAGGGUACCCUACAUCCUUCAAUCUUCAAUCACAUGAAGCAAAGCACCUUGCUUCUACACGAAAGAUUGAGUUUGGAAGUGGUAUUCCUUUCUCUGUCAGGUCCUAUAAUUGUUUAAGCUUAACAGAUGCAAUUGGGUUCAAAGGGUGUAGAGAAAUUGAAGGACCCUAUGUUGAUUACUUACAAGAACAAUUUGGUAAGCCUGUUCUUCUUUCCGGACCUGUUUUACCUGAACAAUCCAAAACUGCUUUAGAUGAAAAAUGGGGUUCUUGGCUUGGAGGAUUUAAGGAUGGUUCAUUAGUUUAUUGUGCACUUGGAAGUGAAUUGAAAUUAAAACAAGAUCAGUUUCAUGAAUUGUUGUUAGGACUUGAGUUAACAGGUUUUCCAUUUUUGGCAAUUCUUAAACCUCCAGUUGGGUUUGAGACAAUUGAAGAUGCUUUGCCAGAAGGGUUUAAAGAAAGGGUUAAGGAAAAAGGGAUUGUUCAUAGUGGAUGGAUACAGCAACAACUGAUUUUGGAACACCCAUCUGUUGGUUGUUUUGUAACACAUUGUGGGGCUGGUUCUAUAACAGAGGGACUAGUAAAUAAUUGUCAGAUGGUGUUGCUGCCACAACUAAAUGGUGAUUAUAUCAUUAAUGCAAGGAUUAUGGGUAGGCACUUGAAGGUUGGAGUUGAAGUGAAGAAGGGUGAGGAAGAUGGAUUGUUCACAAAAGAAAGUGUUUAUGAAGCUGUGAAAAUUGUGAUGGAUGAUGAGAAUGAGAUUGGUAGAGAAGUUAGGAGUAAUCAUACCAAAGUCAGGAACCUCUUGUUAAGGCAUGAUUUGGAGUCAUCCUGUCUUGAUACUUUCUGUGAGAAGCUUCAAGAAUUAGUAAGCUGAUUUCUUAAUCAGUAGAAACAGUAUCCCAUCUGUAAUUUAUUGUUGUGUGCUUGUAUGGUUUCAAUAAAAAUAUGUGAGGUUUGACCAAUGUCAAUUUGGUUGAACUCAUGUGUAAAGAAUAAGUGAAUUUUAUCAUAUAUUUGCUCUGAUUGUUGUGUAUGUUAAAAUCGUCAAAAAUACAUAAGUUGGGGGUGUAUUUUGCAUGCAUGCUUA